AUGCCGUUUAGGUUGACAAAAGCGCCAGGAGUAUUCAUGGACUUGAUGAAUCGAGUUUGCAAACCAUAUCUUGAUAAAUUCGUGAUUGUAUUUAUCGAUGAUAUUUUGAUCUACUCACAGAUGAAGGAAGAGCAUGAGCAACACCUUAGAGCUUUUUUCGAGUUGCAAAAGAAGGAGAAACUUUACGCUAAGUUCUCAAAGUGCGAGUUUUGGUUGCGUGAGAGAGAAGCUCUUAAGAAAGAGAACUUAAAGGCUGAAUGUCUCAGUGGGAUGGAGAAAAGAUUGGUACGCAACAAGGAAGGAACCUUGUAUUUUAUGGAACAAAUUUGGGUUCCGCUUUUUGGUGGCCUUAGAGAUGUUAUUUUCAAUGAAGCUCAUAAAUCGAGCUACCAUACAAGCAUUCAAGCUGCACCGUUCGAGGCUCUCUACGGACGCAAGUGUCGAUCGCCGUUAUGCUGGGCAGAUGCAGGCGAUAGACAGCUGGUUGGUCCCGAACUGGUCCAAGAGACGACUGAUAAGAUCAUGCAGAUCCGAGAGCGCAUCAAGGCGGCUCGUGAUCGUUAG